AUGCCUCGCUUCUCCUCCAGCACGCCAAUGUCGCCACCCCGCCUCCGCCUCCGACUCGGCGGACGCCACUCCUCCUCCACCUCUCAUCCCUCACGCAUCUGGGAUCCCCACGCCGCCUUCGCCACAGGCACGGAGCGGGCGGUAUUUGGCACGCUCACUACGGAGGACGCACACCACCUGUUCGACGAAUUGCUGCGGCAUGGCAAUCCUGUCCAGGAGCGCUCCUUGAAUAACUUUCUAGCUACCCUCGCCCGCGCGCCCACGUCCGCAUCCUGCAGCGACGGCCCCGCCCUAGCCGUCGCCCUCUUCGGCCGUUUGUCCCGAGGCGCCGGACGACGGGUGGCGCAGCCAAAUGUCUUCACCUAUGGCGUCCUCAUGGACUGCUGCUGCCGUGCGCGCCGCCUGGAUCUGGUGAUCGCCUUCUUCGGCCGUCUCCUCAAGACGGGCCUGGAGGCAGACCGAGUCGUUUUCAGCACCCUCCUCAAGGGACUCUGCCAUGCAAAGCGCUCAGAUGAGGCUCUGGACGUGCUGCUUCACAGGAUGCCUGGGCUGGGCUGCACCCCCGGCGUAGUGGCGUAUAACACCGUCAUCCAUGGCUUCUUUAAGGAAGGUCAAGUAGGCAAGGCAUGCAAUCUAUUUCAUGAAAUGGCGCAGCAGGGCGUUAUGCCUGAUGUGGUGACAUAUAGCUCGGUUAUUGAUGCGCUGUGCAAGGCCAGAGCAAUGGACAAGGCAGAGUAUUUCCUUCGUCAGAUGGUUGAUGAUGGUGUCGUACCUAAUAAUGUCACAUAUAAUAGCCUCAUCCAUGGAUAUUCCUCUUCAGGCCAUUGGAAGGAGGCAGUUAGGGUAUUCAAAGAGAUGACAAGUCGGAGGGUUACACCAGAUGUGCAUACUUACAACAUGUUUAUGACCUUUCUUUGCAAACAUGGAAGAAGCAAAGAAGCUGCAGGAAUUUUUGAGACCAUGGCUAUGAAGGGCCUGAAACCUAACAACGUUUCAUAUGCUAUUCUCCUUCAUGGGUAUGCCACUGAAGGAUGCUUAGUUGAUAUGAUUAAUCUCUUCAAUUCAAUGACUAGAGAUGGUAUUCGGCCUAACUGUCACACUUUGAACAUACUGAUUAAUGCAUAUGCUAAAUCUGGCAUGAUGGAUGAGGCUAUGCUUAUCUUUAAAGGAAUGCGGAAACAGGGAGUGAGUCCAGAUGUAGUCACCUAUUCAACUGUAAUACAUGCAUUUUGCAAAAUGGGUAGCUUGGACAUUGCUAUGGACAAAUUUAACCAGAUGGUUGAUAUGGGAGUACGACCGAAUGCAGUUGUUUAUCAUUCCCUAAUCCAGAGUUUUUGUACACAUGGGGAUUUCGUGAAAGCAAAGGAAUUGGUUACUGAAAUGAGGAACAAAGGUAUGCGUCCUCCUGAUAUUAACUUCUUCCAUUCAAUAAUGCAGAACCUAUGCACAGAAGGAAGGGUAACAGAAGCACGGGAUAUCCUUGACUUGAUAGUGCACAUAGGUAUGAGGCCUGAUGUUCUCAUAUUUAGUUUACUGAUCGAUGGAUACUGCCUAGUCUCCAAGAUGGAGGAUGCAUCAAAAAUAUUUGAUGAUAUGGUGUCAUAUGGUUUGGAACCUUCUAAUAUUACGUAG